AUGAAUCAAGCAUCAAGAGGAUCGCGUGUUGUAUUCGUUGGAAAUAUUCCUUUUGAGCUUUCGGAAGAACAACUUAUUGAGGUCUUUAAAGAAGUGGGCCCAGUCGCUUCUUUUCGCUUACUGUUUGAUCGUGAGACUGGUAGGCCAAAGGGCUAUGGCUUUUGUGAAUUUUAUGAUGCUGAAACAGCAGCAAGUGCUGUACGAAAUUUAAAUGAUUAUGAAAUCGGAGGACGUCAAUUGAGAGUUGAUUAUGCAGCAAUGGAUGAUAAUCAUCAAAGAUCGGGUCAUCAAGGUAGACAUCACCAUCCUCCCGUUCAACAAGCACCACCUCCAUCCAUGCCUCCACCACAACCUAUGUCAAUGCAACCACCUAUGCAGUCCAUGCCGAUGCAACCACCCAUGCAACCACCCAUGCAGCCUCCAAUGCAACCUCCAAUGCAACCACCCAUGCAAUCUUCAAUGCAGCCUCCAAUGCAACCUCCAAUGCAAACCCCAAUGCAGCCCUCAAUGCAACUUCCAGUGAAUAAGUCUGUAGUAGGCAAUGCAUCUGUAGAUGAAAUCUCAAAAGUUUUAGCUUCGAUGAAUGCUCAAGAUUUAUUCACGUUGAUGAGCCAAAUGAAGCAAAUGUCCUUUGAAAGGCCUGAAUUUACCCGAGAAUUUUUAGCAGCAAAUCCACAAGUGGCAUACGCACUAUUUCAAGCUAUGCUAAUGAUGAAUAUAGUAGACCCUAAUAUUAUUACACGCAUCAUGACAGCUAAUCCUGCAGCAGCACCCGUCGCACCUCCAGUUCAACCGAUUAUUCAGCAACCUCAACCGGUUCAACCAACUAGACCAGCAGUGAUAAAUAGCCCGGUUCAGCCUGUGCCUGCAGCAAUCCGUGCACCUCCACCACCUCCUGUUGUUGCUCAACCAGAAGUACCACAAGAUGAAACAGAACAGCAAAAGGCACUCUUGAUGAAGGUAUUACAACUUACAGAUGAGCAAAUAAAUGAACUCCCACCACAGACAAGGGAUCAAAUUAGACAAUUGGUAAAUAAAAGAGAAAACUAUGAAUACAUAUUUACUGAAUCUCUUUUUGUUUUCAUAUACAAUAGAAGGCUCAAUUGA